GCAACCACACACAGAAGAAAGAAGAAGACGACGACGACGACGAAGUAGUAGAAGUAGAGAGACCGUUGUUUUUCUUAGAGUUAUAUCCUCUUAAAUCAGAAGAUACUCAAGGAUAAAAUGAUGAACCUAAAGUCAGGUGUGUGCGCUCUAGUGGCGGUUUUAUUGCUGUCUGUCUAUAUUGCAGAGGUGAAUUCCGUCUUCUGCGUCGAUAGACCUGACAACAACAGACUGCGGACUGGAGAAGCGACCUUUGUUGGAGGGUUAUCCAAGGUGAAGUAUGCCACUUCAGAAGUGCAGAGGAUCUGUAAUGAGAUGAAGCCAUACGUAGAAAGACGUGUCGGAAAGAAGUUUGAUGUUUUCACCGCCAAAUGUUUCAGCACGCAGCUUGUGGCAGGAACCAACUAUUUUAUCAAGGUCCACGUCGGAGGGGAUGAAUUCAUCCAUCUGAGAGUCUAUAAAUCUCUCCCUUACAGUGGAGAAAAACUACAGCUGGAUGGAAUUCAGACCUCUAAAGUGCACAAUGACCCUAUUGUAUACUUCUAAACGAACACAGAAAUUUCUCAUUCUCUCUCAUCCAAACAAUUAGCUGCCAUACCUUUUGCAAAAUAGACUAUUAAUAUCACAACACUUUUUUUGUUAUUCAAAUAUAUAUCCAAUCUAUAUUUAAUCUAUAUUAAAGUGAACCCAAUAUUCAGCCAUUUCAGUGCCUUUAUAUGAGUUUUCUACGGUCAACAACAUGACUUUCCUGUACUAUAAAUGUAUUAUGGUGAAAUAAUUGCUCAUAGAUAUUCCAAAUCUGUUUUAUAUUAGAACAUCUGUUUUAUAUUAGAAAAUUCUUCUUUUAAAAUAAAGGCAAAUUUCAUAUUUUAAA